AUGUACCCCUCAAUCUCUCUCUCUUUAUAUCGCAAUCUCUUUCUCUUUUCCUUUUCAUUGACUCUCUCUCUCUCUCUCUCUCUUUCUGCUUCUCUUUCUUUCUCAAUGGCGCUCCCUCUCUUUACCGCGCAAUAUUUUUCUCUUUUCCCUUUCAUGUUUUUCUCUUUCCCUCUCAAUCUGACUCACUCUCUCUUUAUUCUGCUUCUUUUUACCUUUCAAUCUAUCCCUCUUUCUCUUUAUCCUUUCAGUCACUUGCCCUCUCAAUAUAUCACUGUCUUUCUCAUAUUCUACUCAGCUAUACCUCUCAAUCUCUAUCCUUACAUCGUUAUAUCUUCCCCUUUUCCUUUUCUAUCAAUUUCUCCUUCCUCCUCAAUCUCUCCCCUUCUUUCUCUCCCCUCCUCUCUCUCUCUCUCUUUUCUUAUUCGGCUUCUCUUUCUCUCUCAAUCUCUCUCCUUACAACUCAGUUUCCUUCUUUUUAUCCUAUCAGUUACUUUCUAUUUCUCUCUCUCUCUCUCUCUCUCUCUCUCUCUCUCUUUGGCUCUUAUUCUGCUUCUCUUCGCUCCUCAAUUUCUCUCUAUAUAA